CAAGCUGUUCCUACAUAUGGCGGUGACUUUUCGUUCAGUUGGACUCAAAGUUACUUAAAUUUUUGCCUUUAAUUUACGUCAAUAGUGGAGAACUUCACUACAAGUUUUAUAGUAGGCUGAAGACUUUGUAACGUAGUAACUUUCUGGGAUGGAUGCCCGUGGAGAUUCCGCCGUAAAUUCAUUACCGUCGGUUUCAAACUCGUCUGUUGAAUCUGUUAAUCCAAAUGCUAAUGUGGAUGAGUUGGAUCCGUUAAUUCUUGGAGCCUCGGAAGAAGUUAACACUUCUUCUGUCUGUAACGACGACGGAAACAAUAUCCACUCUUCGAAGAACGAUGUUCGCGACGAAACUUUUAUUUCGGAAGUACUAGGUCUUCAGAGGAAAUCUCCUUUAAAUUCACCUUAUACUUACAACGAGCAGUCAAAGAUAGCAAACGAGAUAAGCAUAAGUGAUGUGGGAAGUCGUUUGAAGGCAGGGGUCGAGGUUCUUACGAACUCCAGGGAUAUCAGCGAUAAAAUGAACGAAAAUGUGAGAAACCAUAACUUGCUGGAUACAGAAACUUCGGGCGUUACGACUACCGUGGUUUCAGAGGGGCUUUCAUUGGAGAACACUCGAGGGAUUGUUGUCGUUGAACAAGUCGCUCUGGAUCAGAUUAACGAGUUGAUCGCAAGCACUACGCAGUUACAAGAAUACAGCUCUAGUAAUGGCGUUUUAGAUGAAGACCAGACUCACAGAGGAGAAUUCUCGAGUGAAAGCCAAUCAGAGACAUGUAGUUCGUCAUCAAAUGAAAAUAAAGGCUUAAGAACGAGAAAACCGCCACAAGAUAAGCUUACGGAAUCUACCGAUACUUUGGAGGGAGAAUCAGCCGAAUUGUAUUUGAAGAGAUUCGAAGACCUUGACACUAAACAAAUUGCCGAAACUCUCGCUAAUGAACUCAAGAAGUAUUCAAUACCACAAGCUGUUUUUGCACGAAAAGUUUUAAAUCGUUCUCAAGGGACACUAAGUGACAUUUUGAAGAAGCCAAAACCUUGGAACGAGUUGAGAGGUGGCAGGGAAAUAUAUCGUAAAAUGAAGGAGUGGUUAGAUCUGCCAGAAGUAAAGAGGAUCCCACAAUUGAGGGCAGAAGGUUAGUGACGCUUUGGUGUGAAAAAUUGUUUAGCUCCCGGUGGUUACUUGGGUUAAUUGCAGCUGGGUAUGUGCCGCUGGCCUCUCAGAACCCAUACCCCCCCAAGAAAAAAGUUAUUUUUGCAAUCCCAUCUUAGUCACUUUCUGCUUAUGCAACUACCUCAUAAAGCCUUUGAACUAGAACAUCCUAAAAUGAACUGCCACAUUUUUGGUAACUUAAUGUGGUCUAAAUCUUUCUAUUUUUAAAUCCCUAAAUCCUGUCCCUGAAUUUUCUGCCCCCAAAAAUCUGAAAAUGCACUAUCCCAUUCUAGUAACUCUCACAAGAAUGUAACACCAUAAUAGUCAAUCCAAUUGUGAAAAUGCGACCCCAUCCAGCAGCACAUGCUCAUUAGCCCACUUCUAGGAAUUACCCUCCCCCAGGGAUUUUCCUUUCUUUCAGCACCAUUUUGACCAAACUGUUUUGUUUACACCUGUGUUGCUUAUUGUGGCACAUUUUCAUAAUGCUCUUUUGUUGACUGACUGUAAGCUUAAGGUGGCUUGAUAGGGUUUUUCAGGGUCAAUACAUCGCACAUUUGAGCUUAAAGAACAUGGCCAUUAAUACCAUUGAUACCACCACAGCUGUAUCAGGUAAAGAUGAAAAUUUGUUGUGAUCAAGGUUGCAAUGACAUCGGAGUUGUCAUAGCAACAAAAUGAUGCCUAGUUAUUUCUUUUAUUUGCAACUGUAUUUCUUGGCACUGGAAAAUGUUCUUCGAAAAUUGUUCACGGAAACUUUUUCUAUUGUAACCCUGAUCAUAGCAAAUUUUCAUCUUUACCUAAUACAGCUGUGGUGGCAAUUUUUCCAAAUCUCUGUUAAUGGUGACGUAGUUUAUGCUCAAACAUGGGAGGUAUUGACCCUAAAAAACCCUGUCAAGCCCCCCGGGGGGUGGGGUACUUUAGGAAUUUCUGGGUGGGGAUGUGCCGCUGUGACCCUGGAACCCUUAACCUAUACCAGAGCUAGUUGAGCUGAAUUUUGCUACCCUAUACUAGAGUAAACUCCCCAAAUCCCCCCUAUCCUAGAGUAGCUGUUUCCCUAGUCUAGGUAAAAUCUUCAACCAACUGAUCAGUUUCCUAAAAAAUGAUACCCUAUUCUAGACCCAAACACUCUGAUUUAUAUACCCUAUCCUAGAGUAAACUGCUUGAAAACCAUACCCUUCACAGCGGCACAUACCUAUAUAGCCCAUAUAUGGCAGUGCCCCCCCCCCCCCCGGGGUCGAGCCACCUUAAUGGUUAAUGCUCCUUUAUUAACCCAUUCGCUCCUGGAGAUUUUGCCGGAAAACACGUUUUGAAGCUAGUCGAGUGGUUUUCUGGUCACUGUCAUUCUAUAAAGAGCUAAAACUUACCACAAACCGGUUUACAGGUCGUACACUUCGCGGCCUUCUGAUCCAGAUGCAAAAUAUCAGCUUGCGAAGUUGGGGCAUGCGCAGAAAGCAAAAUGUCGAGAUAGUUUUUGGGUUUAAAAGUGACACAGCAGUCUUGACUUUUACUCUUCGCUUUCUCUCCUCCCUUCUUUUUUUGCUUUUCUUGCCUCAUUUUUUUUUCUCUUGCUGGGCAUUUAGUAGGCUUUAUUUUGGUGGGAAGAGUUUUCAGGAAAGCUUUUAGGAUCUUAGGAUUAGGUGAAAGGAAAGGUAGGUGGGUAAUGGAACAAGAUUUUCAUGGAGAUUUUCAGGUCAAUGUCACGUGGUUUUUUGCUUCUUUCUCCGGUGUCCUUGACUGAAUUGUGCUCAUUCUGGUAUGGUUUGAAAGAUCUCUUCACUCUGCACAAUUUAGCGAAGAAAGUUGUCCUUGACCGUUAAAACUGAUGACGUCACAAAGGGUAGAAAGGACCUGGAUCUGCACGGGUGGUUACGGGCGGUUCAGGGGCGAAUGGGUUAAUGUUGGGCAAUUUCAUUUGCUAAGAAAUGUUUUUUUUUUCCAAGAGGACAAUGACAUGAGACUUCCUAAUUGAUAGACAGCACUAACCUUUCACAUGUGAAGACAUCCUGUUUUCGCGCAAAAGCUCAGUUUCUUUUUUUUAACGGUGGUUAUGUAAUAAAAUGUUUCAUUGCUGGUUUUCAUUGUCACACCCUCCAAAAAUAAAAAUUGAAACUCUUCCACAGAUAAAGUCAAUAAUCCAGGAGAUGGAAAAAGAUACAGUCAAACCAGGUCAAGCGUUCCCGUCGCUAACAAACUAAUGAAUUCAUUAAUGGAAAAAUGAUUUCGUUUGUUGAUUCAAUAAUCCAUUCACAAAAUGAAUAAUCCAACGGUCAAAUUGUACCUCGAUUCAAUAAUCAAAUGUUGAUUUGGUUUAUGAACACAUUUUGCUUCCCUUUUUGUUUUCAUUGCCUUUAAUCAAAAUAACAGCUAGAAGAUGGAAAAAGAUAAAGAAACUGACAGUCUUGAUCGAAAAAAUCACCGCACAUACACUGACCUCAGUUUAACGUGUUUUUUCCUUUGUAAGAUAUGGCAGCAAAAAGAAAAUGUUCUUCUGAGAAAAAAAAAGAUGUCAUGUGGAAAGUGUAAAAAAAUCAGCUCAGCAUUGAUUAUGGGGGUUUGGAUUGUUAUUUUUGAAUGGAUUAGGGAAUCACAUCUGAACUGGUGGUACCUGUAAAUAGCACAGUCUUGCCAAAAAUGUUUUCUUUUUGCCUGUUCAGGGCUCAAAAUGAAAAAAUUUCCUCAGGUCACUCCUUUGGAUUAGGGCACAUCUGACUGGUGGACCAACUGUUCAGGGCUCAAAAUUAAAAAAAUCCUCAGGUCACCCUUUGGUGACCAACUGGAGAAAUAUAGUUGCCAGAUGCAAAUUUUUAGGCACCAGUUUGUAUAUGCAGCCCAUCUGAUAGGGUGCGAUCAAAAAUCAGAAAUUGUGCGAUAUUUUCAGGGUAGAUUGUGUGAUCAGAAAGGAUUAUAAUGCGAUAAAUUAUGUGAUUUUUUCAGGGCUAAUUAACAUUGUUUUUCCAGGUUUCAAAGGAGAAAAAUCACUUUAAUGUUGUUUAACAGGCAAUUUGAAUGUAAAAGAAUAAUAAAACAUCUAUUUUAAAACCAAUUAGUUAAAUUUGUCCAAUUAUGUUGACCCAGAAAAGAAAACAAAUAGAAAGAAAGAAAAAGGACACUUGUUUAAUAUUACGUGACGCCAUUCCACGGCUGACCACACUGCUUGUCUCUGAAAUCAAAAUGGCUGCCAAGAUACAGCGAUCGAAGGUUUCAGAUGUCUUGCAAGGCAUUCUUUAGUGGUAAAUCACCUUAAAUAACAUUAAGAUUGGGAAAUUGUUUGAUUUAAGUUAGAAUUUAUUGUUUACUUUACUUGAAUUUAACAUUUUUUUUACGAAUUAUGCGAUUUUCCUCAAAUUGUGCGAUCCAAUGCAAUUUAAGGUCAAUUGUGCGAAAUCGCACCAUUGCAUAAUAUCAGAUGGCCUGAUAAUGUAAAUGACGCAGCUCACAGCAUCAGGGCUUCUGAUACGUAAUGAGGUUGUGGAGAUGCGAAAUUCAGGUAACCCCGUGAAAUUCACAAAAACAUGCGAAUUACUGCGGAAUUCACGAGAAAUCUUAUUAAAUAAAAGUCGAUACAACAUAUUUGAAACUUAUCACGGCUAUUGGGGCUGUUUAAUUGCUGUAAACUUGCAAAUUUAUGUUGAAACUUCAUCACCACAAUGAGUGAACGUCCCAAAACUACCAGGUGUAAAUUAUGUUGCCAAAAACUGGGUGCUAGUCUUGAUGUUAAAAUUUUUGCCAUUGGCUCAUUUCUCAAAUGCUUUGUUGUUAGAAUAGCAAAAUUAUUAUCUCUGUUAAAAAGCAUUAACCACACUUGUCAAUUCAGCGCAACAUCGAUCGAUUUCUAGUGAAAUUUGCCCAGAAAGUUCCCAUAACAUCUGCCACUUUUUACCGAUUGUUUUUCAGAGAAGUUAGCUCCAUGAAUCUGUCUGUGAAAAUCUCGCAAAAUUUGACUUUUUUUCCGCAUCCUAUCAGAAGCCCUGUAGUACAGCGCAAUCCAUCAGAUUUGAUUGUUUGAAAUUAUCGCGGACAAAUAAGUCGGUAUAAAUGUGGAGGUAACCUGGCUUUGUUUAUGCAGUUUGGCACAUUUUUUAUGACGAAAGCAAAGCAAGAUAAGAUGAAAUGUUUGUUUUAACUUCACUUUUUGAAAAAUUAUUUAAAUCUAAACCAUAGAGAAAUCUGGUCACCAAAGUGGCAACUAAACCAGAAUUUUUAGUUACCAAGGAGAAAAUGUUAGUCGCAUUGGUGACCAUAUCAGUCACAAUUUCAAGCCCUGCUGUUUCAGUCACACUAAGUCACACAUUUGAUGUGAACCAAAGAUCAUCAAAGCUAACUUUUUGUCCUUUAAGGAGCAUGGGACAAUGAAAAACAUUUAAGCCACCAGUAGGUUUGGAACUUUCACUUAACAAUGUCAGUAAAAUGAUUUUUCUCUUUCUUUAUACCAGAGAAACUGCAUCUUUUUUAAGUACAUGCAAAAAACAGCAUGGUAAAUUCUUUUACUCAUCUACUCUGAUUAAUGCUGAUUAUGUUCUUUCAGCUGCCUUGGAACUUGAUGCUAAAGCUAGAAAAGAACAUGCUGAAGAUCCACCAAGCAAGAGGGCAAGACUUUACUUUACAGACUCCCAGAAGAGAGCCUUGUUUGCUAUUUUCAAAGAAACCAAGAAACCUUCAAGAGAAAUGCAGAACGCUCUUGCAGAGGAACUGGGACUUGAAAGGGGCACUGUUGCAAACUUUUUUAUGAAUGCCAGAAGACGGCAUCCAGAGCUCUGAGAGUCAAGGUACACAUUUACGUUUUAAAUGAAAUCAGUAUAGUUGACAAUCGCCUUAAUGUUAAACCUGCUUUUCAGAGAAGAAACGAAUUCUAACUUAGACCGCAGUUUAGGAAAUCAGAUCUCCAGAUCUCUUCCUUAGUGCGUAUUUUUAAGAAAAAAAAUGUUUUUCUUGUCUACGCCAUAUGCUUUUAUGAAACUGUUCGCGCUAAAUGGUGUUUACAUAAAGCGGUUUGGUAAACUUAAAGUGUCUUAGAACACAGCUUUGUUAAACACUGGCUAAACUCCAUUAUUUUGAACAACCGGCCCAGUGUUUCCCAACGUAAAGCUUAUUUCCUUAUAAUGACAAUUAUUUACAUGUAUGUUAUGGUUGCUCAUGUAAGGUACAGGCCCUCUGUUUGUCUCAUCGAGUCUGCCCCGGAUUUAGACAAUGUAAUGUAAUUGUGUUAUUAUCCAACUGCUUCAUCAUGUAUGCAAUGUUUGAGUCAUUGUUGUGUUAGAUAUUUUAUUGGUUACCUUAGGCCCAAGACCAAUUUAACAUCAUCCAGCAUGUUAGCUGAUGCUGGGUACAAUGUCAUUUGCUGUAUAAUACUGGAGGGUGGUUAGAGCACUGGACAUGCAGUCCAAAGGCCCUGAGUUUGAAGGGGCUAUAUACAUGUACAUGUGUAUGUCACAAAAUUUGCUCUCUUUUUUUUGAAGGUAAAACUUUUUCUCAUCAGUUGAAUUCCAAAAUUAAUGGUCCAGUUUCAGUUAGGCAUUAAAACUGUGGCAAGGAUAGAGAUGGAUUAAAAGUCGGACGAGUUGGGCCAACUUUUAAAAUCUUAAUGCUAUGCCUGCUAAAAAUCACCAAAAAAUCUACAGUAGAAUUUUGUGUAUGGUUAAAGGCACUAAGUGAUUAAGCACAGAACUGACCAACAUGUAAAACACCAAUAUCCUUGUGACAUACAUUGUAGCCCCUUAAAGUUCUGCCCUGAAUACUUGUAGGAUAUGAGCACAGUAAUCCCAAGUUCAUAUCUUAGCCAUGCCUGUAAACUGCCACUUGCAAAUUACAUCUUCCAAUUUUUCAAAUUCCAGCCAGUUACCAUGAAAUGAAAACCGAGUUUGCACUGAAUCUCACCAAAUUACCUUUACUUUUUUUAAAAUUUAAUGGUUGGGGAUUUUAACUAGACCAGUUAAAAUGCUAGAGUAAAUUGCCAUUAAAGUCAGAUGAAAACGACAUAGGUGUUUGAUAAUACUAUGCAAGUCCUAGCUUUAAUAAGUAUUUUCUUUUUUCUUUCGAUUCAGACUGUAUCUUUUGUCUUGUUGAAGUUCUGUCGGUUGUUCAAGUAUCAAACAUCAGAGACAAGGAUGGGAGAGUUAAGCAUCUGGCAGUAUGGCUCCUGGCUUUGGGCUUGUAUCAAUAUGGUUAUUAUUGGUGUUGUUUCUUUACAGAGCUGUACUGACAUAGCAGACCAGGUUUUAAGCUUUUUGGUGUUGCUAUAAUUAUUAUCAAUACCUUUACUGACUAUCAAAGCCACAUAGAAUGGAAAGUGCAAGUUAUAAGAACUUUAGAAAACUAUCCAGUGGUGAUUGUGAGAGAGGAUAAGGGAUGAGCUUUUCAAUUCACAUGUAGUUCUUAACAAUUUCCAUUUGGAUGUAAUCUUGUACCCAGAUCUCUUGUUGACAAAGCCUUGUUGACAGAAGAUCUGGGUACUAGAUUAGUUAAAAUGGUCCUCCAUUUUUUGCACUAUCUUUGGUCUUUGCAUGAUUUUCAUGCCCAGUG